AGCAACGACGCGCCAGCUAGCCGCGGGUGUUCAGUGCGAUGAAUAAGACAUGUAUAAAAAGAUUGUCGCGCGCAAAACUCUGCCAUUCGUAUAUAGAAUGAGCUUCGCCAACGCUUUUUCGUGUUCGAUGUAGUUUUCAAUGAAAAAGUCAUUCCGAGUCCGAUUUCUUUAGUUCAAUUUGUUCUUCCUUCGCGUAAGGCUCUGUUAGUCUUGACAAAGCGGAAACGAUUGACAGCUACGUGACGAGAAAAAAGAACUCAAGCUCCAUACCAAUCUACGACUGAUUCAUCAUAGACACCUCUGCCCUCGCGAGUGUUGCAUGUACAUUGUAAACUUCCGGGCUUCAGCUAGAUCACGACUUACUUAUUAAGGACAACCAUCAGCCGAUCAUGUCAUGUUCUUAGCGAUCGUCUUAGGCAGAAGAAAACGACGAGUCGAGUCAACUGCUUCUACAUCGACGGUGGUAAGGUAGCUCUACCUCAGCGGAAAAGCUCGGGGGGCUCGUUGCGCAAGCAAACACACAGAAGCCCGCUAUAGAGCUUGAAAGCAACAGCAGCAGCAGCAGCAGCAGCAUUAGAGAGCUUUGGCCCAGGUCGUAUGAGUGCGUUAUAAAUAAAGCUCGCUUCGGUUUCUGGCGGGGGAGCAAAGAAGCGUCGUUUGUUGCGGCCGCCGUCGUGACGACGAAAAGAGCAUAGAUUACUGGGCAAAAGCCGGGGGUGGGGGCAAGCCCGCUCUGGCGUCUCGGCGACGAAGAAAAUAGCCCGGAAGAGGAAUGCUCGGCUCAUCCAAUUGGACCUGGCUAACGGGAGGAUGGGGCAAUAUGGCCGAUCUAGCCGAGCGGGUGGACGAUCUGAUAUGCAGUUUCGACUCUGCGUCCGCCGACUCGACAAUGGACACCCUGUCGAUGCUCAUCUUUGGCUGGAUGCUGCUUGGCCUCGUCAUACUCUGCGUCGGUAAAUUCAUCUACAAUCGCGUGCACCAGCGCAAAAAGCACCAGGCCGGAGUCCAUCAUCCAGCGGCAGCAACAUCUACGGCUACGGUAGCAGCAGCAGCAGCAUCGACGACGACCAGUAGCAGCGCCACUGCAACGACCGGUGGCAGUACUAGCAGCGCUGCAGCGAGCCACGCUGGACCGAAGCGCGCGGCAGGAGCGGCGGGUUCGGCUUCCUCCAAGGAUGGAACGACUUCCGCGCUCACGGCCAGUCUGCACUCGAUCAGUGAAAAUGUCAUGGUGCUCGGGGCUGGAGCUUCCGCCACCGGCGUCGCAGCGGCCGUCGCGAGAUCGAGAUCGGCCAAUGCAGCGAGGAGUCACGGAGGCAGCCUAUCACCGGCGGGCUCGGGCUACCUGGGCGUCCCGGGCAGCAGCAGCGGAGGCUACGUGUCGCCCACGCCGCCGCUGCGUAAGCGGGUGACGCGCAAGAAUUCCGGCGUGCUGCCGAGCCCGCAGCGCGGCGCCGCCGCGGCCAGGUCGAUGAUGCUGCCGCACGCCACCGGCGCCGAUCACGAGGCCGUGCGCUGGACCAACGAGAUGAUCUACUGGCUGCACACGGAUCUCGUGGUGCUCGACGAGCUGCUCGCCGUCUGGGUGGACUCGCUCAACGACUUUGUCGCCUCGUCCAUCGCCGAGCACGGCAUCGGAGUCGAGUUCGUGCGAGUCCUGCCGGAAACGCAUCCGCCGACCUUGUCCAACAUCUUUUGCGAAUGCGAUUCCAAAGACGAUGUGACGAUAACGUGCGACUGCGAAGCGACACCGGCCCUGCAGCUGAAGGCGUUCCGUCAACACGGCGACAAAAUCGAAACCAGUCACUAUCGAGUCAAUGUCAAUCGAUUCCGGGCUCGCUUGAACGUCGUCUGCAUCACAGAGAAGCUUCUGGUCGAUCUAAAAUGCGACGGAUGGCCCGAGGUAAAAGUCUCGUUGGCGCCGGUGGGAGCCAUCAAAAAGGAUAACGAGGAGAACCAUCUGCAGGAGCUGCUGACGGACAUUGUCGUGUCCGCCAUACGAGGCACGAAUCUGCAUCUCAAUCUUUCCGGCUACGCCAAUUGUCCGCGGCUGUGGCGCGAGCCCGCGCCGACUGGCUACUCCAUGCCUAUGCACUACGACAGCUUGGCUCACAUAAGAUUGAAGAUGGCUCAAGGCUCGAACGCGUCAGGUGUUAACCGUCAGAGACACGUCGGCUCGUCGGUACAGCCGAUGGUGCAGCAGUACGCGCCCGGUGACCGUAGACUCCUGGUGAAAGUCGUGCGUGCCACCGAUCUGGCCGGCCAAGCCGAUUGCUACGAGCCGUUCUGCGUCGUCGAGCUCGACGAUCCGCCCCAGCGUCACCAAACGGCCCACAAAAAGGACACGAAAAACCCCGUCUGGAACGAGGCUUUUCUAUUCGAUGUCAGUCCGAAUACGACCGAACUCUUGCUCGAAGUUUACGACAAACUGGAUAAGGAGGAAAAACUUCUGGGUCUUGGCAUAGUGGGCAUAGAAGAGCUCUUGGCUAAUCCGAGCCAGAGACAAAUCAUUCCGCUGCAAGCGAGACCCUACGAGCAGGAUGAAGUGUCCGGCCAAUUAACGGUCGAAUUUUUGUUCAUCGAAGGCGCGGAUGUGCCGCAAAUUGGCAGCAAGCCUUACAAAGUGAAGGAAACGAUCAGGCAGCAGCAUCAUCAUAAUCAGCCGUCUUCGCCGACGCGCACCUACAAUCCGACCAACACAAUGUUGGGCAACAAUAGUAGCCUAAAUUAUAACAACGGUAACAGCACACUUAUUUUGUACGACUCUACGAACGAACCGGGAGGCGAUUUUAUGACAAAUGGCAGCACAAUGGACGAUUCGCCUUAUAGAACUGGACAUUCGAAUGGCAACAAGGGAACAUUAAUUGUACAUAGUCAGCAAAGGCAAGCCGAACGACAGGUUGUCAAGGUCACACUCAGUGAAAACGGAGGCUGGCAAGAACUCGCAGCAGAACAUGACACAAUACCUUCGGGACAAGACAGCACACCAAAUUCGUCGAAUUCCGAUGGUUUGAGAGACAGAGGAAGAUCGAGAAGAAAACGCAGAGACUUUUUCGGCACUAUAAAAAAAAGACUCAGUCGUUCGAAAACGAGAAGCAGAUCGAUCGGACCCGACGGCGACACUAGUCACGAGGAAGCGCACUCAAGGUCCAUUUCAGCUGACCGAGCAAAAGAACCCGGUUCCGGUCGAGAUGAACAUUCGAGAAGGUCGAGCAUAAGCGAAGCGUCGGCAAUCAGCGGCACAUCAACAAAAACCUACAUAAACGAAGCAUCCACAUUAGUAUUAGAAACUCUUGAAAAUGGAAUUCGAAAACACUAUCUCGUGCCAUUAUCGUUAGCUCAGAAAAGCAAGUGGAAGAAAAAAGGAACGAAACUUCAUAUAUUCAAUGAUCAUACAUUUAUCGCCAAACACAUGCCUGGCGGCACGGUAUGUGAAGUGUGCAAGCGCACGUUAGCGAGACGAUUAGGCAAACAAGGAUACGAGUGCCGAGACUGCCUGAUGAAAUGUCACAAGCACUGUCACGUCAAAGUCGACACGAUGUGCUCGUCCUCGACCAUUCAAAGCAUAGAACUGUCCCUACUUCCUGUUCUGAGCGAGUAGGAUAGGACUUACGUUAAGACUCCGGAACUGAAGAGAAAGGCACCAGUGCGGAUUUGUUAGUACUCCGGAAGAACCGCAGCGACUGCUCGACCUGCGGAUCGAGCCACAACGACGACCGGUGAUGAUGACGAAUUACCUCAGGACGGAUUUCAAUAAGAAUUAUCUUUCACGAACUCGCACAUCUACCCCAGUGAGACUACCGAGUUCAUGCUUUGGAAAAGAGAUAAGAAGUUGCGGCUUAGGCCUGAAGUCCGAUCCUGCAAGGUUCGUUCGUGACGCUCUUUACACACCGAACGUUGAAUUUAAUAAAGGUUGUUAACGAUUUUAAAAUCGUAUUUACACAUAAUUUCUUCUUCAUGGAAAAACGAAAAACAUGUGGUGCAUACAAAAAAAUUUCAAGGAUAAUAAUUUUGUAACUAUAUAUACAUAUACCACGUAUUGUAUUUAGAAACAAAAGGGAGCUUUUCUAGUCUUUAUAUUUGUCAUGCCUUUUUGUUGAAUCAUCAAUUAGGCCCAUUUUUAAACUUUUGCGGUGCAAGUAGUAUUAUUUUAACGUGCUAAUAAAUCAUCCAAUGAAAAAAAAAUUAUGAAAAAUUUGAACUAUUGAUGUUGUAUAAUUAUUAUUUUGUUUAAUAUGAUUGAUUACUUGUUGUAUCUAUUUUGGUCUCGAAUAUGACUUAUCUAUUUUUGAUCAAUUGACCGAUAUUUAUAGUUUAUUGUUUUUAAUAUAAAACAAUUAUUUAAUUCUUAAUACGCGACAAAGUGAACAGCGCACAACUACUUUAAUAAUAUAAAUUUCGUUUCGUGCAUAAUAACCAUGUGCAUCAUUAUCAUUUCUUUUUUUAUAUAAGAAUCAUUACCGAUCGCUCACAUACUUUCUUUUAUUUUCAUUACUAUAUAAAAAUAUUUUUCUGAGAAAAAUAUCGAUUUAAAUAUAAAUAUUCUACAAUGAAAAAUUGCAUUUUAAUAUUGUAGUUUUUGUACUAAAAAUUAUGCCUUUGCGUAUGACGUUUAUAAUCACAUCUAUUAUUCAUUUUAAAUAUGCUGACAAAAAAUACACAUAAAGCAAAUGAUUUUUACUAAUAUGAUUCUGGCAAAAAUAAUUUUCUUACAAAAUAUAUGUAUACAUUUUAUGAAUCGAAAAUGAGUGAUUGAACGUAAAUUAAAAAAGAGUAAUACAUGCGCACCUUUUAAUCGAGCCUACUCAAUAAAUCACGAUUAAUAGUGCCUAGGUAUUCCAUAAAAAUACUUCGACGUUAUGUAUUGCAAUGUAUGACGCAAAGGUUUCAUACACGAAGGAUAAAUAACAUCAUUUUUCUAACAUAAAUAUUGUGUUUGCUGAAUGAAUUCGAUGGUGCAUAUUAAAAUAUUUGAGUAAAAUCCAAUUGUUCAGAUUGAUGAAGUCGAAAAAUUAAAAUACCCACUUCCUUCGAUUUAGCAAACAAUAACGAAGCAUAAUAUGGUCUUACUCGUUGGCUAUUUUUCUGACGUAGAAUCGAUAACAAUAAAAAAACUGUUUUGAAUCACACUAUUCUAAUCAAUUUUUUAAAAAAUUUUAAAAGAAAAACUAGGGAUCGAUGAAAAUUUUACAAUUAACAUGUGUUCGAUUGAAAAUUCGAUUCUUCCAAGCAAACUAAAACUCUUUUGACCAAACGAAAUGCUCGAAUCAAAAUGAAAUUAUCGCGUUUUUAUCCAUUUUUACUAAUGCAAGUGUCAGAGUAAUUUUUAUCUUUUGAAGCAAGGUACAAACUUAAUGCUCCGAACGCGAAAAAUUGAAUUUUACCGAAAAAUGUCAGUGAGAAUAAAAAUACUCAAAAGGCAUUUCGUGGGUUAAAGAGUUCUGUACUUCAUGUCCUUUCAUCCUUCCCCUUUUAUACAUUUAUGAUUCAUGCGGGUAAUUCGCAGCUGACUUUAAUAAUGUAUAAUACCGAAUAUUUACGAGUGAAAGCGUUGUUAUACACGAGAAAUAUGUUGAACACGAUCCAAUAAUUGUAAUAAAUACAAAUCGAAACGUAAA